AUGACUUCUCAACCCCCUAGAAGAGAACGAGCUUCCAGCGAUAGAGCUCAAGCUCAAGCUGUGUCGUCCGUUCCACAACGCCCGGGUCUGCAGAGCAGAACCAUCUCCGCUCCUGUCGGGGGUCUCUACAAGCUGGAUACGUCGAAAAUCACCAUGGACAACGGUCAUAGAGUGGAUCGCGCCGUCAUAGAAGAAGAUGAAUUCUUGUCCUCGCCGGCACGAAACGGGGUUUCGACCCCUCGCGGAGGCGAUGAGCCCCUCCAGAAGCCGAAUUUCCCCCACGUUACCAUUGCCGUUGUCGGUCGAGAUCGUGUCGGCAAGACCACGUUCAUACAAAGCGCCCUGGAUAUGAAACACCCCCUGUCGUCCCGAGCCACAACAAAGAAAAUGUCGCUGGAUGGAACGGUCUAUCUGGUUCGCCUAUUAGAGGUCGACGUGAAAGAGGUUUCUGUCGCGGAUAAUGGCGUCGUGAACUGGCCGCGGCUUGGCUACGAAGCGGCGUCGGCUCCGACCAUUGAUGGCGCUCUGGUUAUCCACGACGUCACCCAGCCUGCCAGUCUCCCCGAUCUGACCGGACUCCUAGAUGCCUUGACGACGCUGUCCUUCCCGUUUGUAUUGGUCGCCAGUAAAUGCGACAUUCGCAACUCCGAUGGGCCCUUCGAGCCCCUGCUGGAUAACUACGAGAUCCACCGGACAUCGCCUGAAUCGCCGCGAUCGCAGAAGAUGUGCAUCGCAUUAGUUUUGCGGUCGGUGAUUGGCAAUAAAUAUGACUUGAUCGACUACUCGUCCAAUCCCUUGCAGGACUGGCAUCACUCUCGAGCCAAUUCGGAGACCCCGACGUCCGUGUUCUCUGGAGCCGCGGGCGGCCCGAUAAUUAGUCCCUUCGGUUCAGGAGUCGAUGGGUACGGCGUCGACCGUCCGCCCACCGACCAGGCGACCUCUUCAAAUCUGGCGUCGAAUGCCCAGCCCUCCCGAUAUGCCCGGAGCCAUUCGUAUCCGGUGCGACCGCAAACUCCUCCCUCCGGCGCUCGGCUGAAUCCACGUCGACCGUCGGCCGCAGAAGACUCCUCGCCCAGCAAGGAUCGCAAUCGCCAGCAUCGUCUGCACACCGCCUGGCGCAACAGUGCCGGGUCGGAUGCGUUUAACGGCUUUCUAGAUAUGGAGGAGGACAUGGACGGACGCCGCAGCGCGCCCUCCAGCCCCGGGAGUAAAGAGAAACCCCCAAGCAGCGAGGGAUCCUCGAACGAUGCCGGUUUCACGUUUGACGAGCUCGUGGAUCGACUGGUCGCCCAACCUUUAUCGAAACAGGAUUCCAAAUUCGCCUCGACCUUCCUCUGCCUUUAUCGCAAAUUCGCCGCGCCGUCCACCUUGCUCAACGCGCUGAUCAAUCGAUUCGAACGCAACGAGAAACACAUCGCCGACCAACUGACCCGCAUUGCCGAUCAGUUGCGGCUCUUGAACAUCAUGUACGUGUGGGUAUCGGAGUACCCAGGAGACCUGAUCUAUCCCAAGACGAGGAAGCGCAUCACGGAUUUCGUGGCGACGCUGGAGAAGAGCCAUUUCUACAUGUUCGCCGCCAAGGAGGUCAGCUCGUCUCUCGAGGUCAACGCGGAGGAUGACGACGUGGGAUGGCCCUUCCGAGACGGCGAUGUCGAGGGUUUUGAUGGGCAAGAAACCUUCUUGGAUCACUCCGGUCGCAGCUCCCCGUCCAUGUUCCUCGGCGGCGCGUGGAACAAUGGGGACGACCACCACGACGAUGAAGAGCAAGAGGAGGAAGAAGAUCCUAUAUACAACAUGAGUGCAUUGGACCUCAGCGAGGGCGCACCAGACCCGUCAUCCAGGCUGGCCGGGACGCUGUCGAGCCCGGUGGGCGACAAACCCGGCACCAUUCCCAGCCAGUCCUUUACCUUCCUAAACCUAGAAUCCGCGCAGCGAGAAUCGCAGAACUUGGAGCUCACCUCGCGCAUACCGAUGGCCAAAAUGCAAUGGCGGCAGAUCAUGGAGGUCCCCGACGAGGACUUUGCGCGCGAGUUGACGCGGAUCGACUGGAUCAUGUUCAAUUCCUUCCGACCGCGCGAUCUUGUGCGACACGUCAGCAUCUCAGGACCCGAUAAGGACAAGAUCCAGAGCCUGAAGCACGUCAAUCGCAUGAUCAAACAAUUCAAUCACCUAGCCUUCUUCGUUGCCAGUUUCAUUCUCUUCCGCGAUAAGCCGAAGCACCGCGCUAAGGCGAUGGAAAAAUUCAUGAACAUCGCCUUGAAACUCCGCCGAUUAAACAACUACAACUCUCUCGGGGCCGUCAUCGCCGGCAUCAACGGGACUCCGGUCCACCGACUCGCCCAAACGCGAGAAUUGGUCCCCGUCCAAACCCAGAAGGACUUUAUGAGGCUGGUCAUCCUCAUGGGGACCCAGAAAAGCCACUUCGCCUACCGACUCGCAUGGGACAACUCCUUCUCCGAACGCAUCCCCUUCCUGCCCCUGCACCGCCGCGAUCUCGUCUCCGCCGAGGAAGGCAACAAGACCUUCGUCGGCGACAGCAAGACGCGCAUCAACUGGCGGAAAUUCGAGGUCAUGGGCGAAGUGGUCCUCGGGAUCCAGCGCAGCCAGAAAACCCCGUAUUCGCAUAUGCAUCGGUAUGAGGAGGCGGCUCGCUUGAUUCUCGAUACGAAAUUAUCCGGCGACGAUGAGGACUUAUACGCCCGCAGCACGCAAGUCGAGCCCUCCGCAGGCGGCGACGGCGGACGACGAAAGUUCGGCUGGUUGCGGUCGUAA